GCGAUGCACGCACUUUGUUGAAGAAGUGACUGUUCUACGGGGUGGUUAUCAAAAUGUUCAUUGUGAGGCUGAUCUUUCUCGUCCAUGCAGUUUUUGUAAGUCUCAAGGCUGAACCCGAUGACAUGCUCCACUCUCUUACCAGGAAUGUAAGCCAAGGCAUCCUGCAAGAAAACUUUACAGGGUUGUCUUCAACUGUAUCAGGCAGAGCUACAAAGGCCCGUCUGUCCAAGGGAGAUACCUGCCACAGCGACGCUGAUUGCGGAAGCGAGUUAGCCUGUCUCCAGGACGGCCCAGAUUCAAAAUCGGGAUAUUGCAACUGUCCGCGUUUGAACCCAGUGUACAUUUACACAAACAGCGGCUACGCAUGUGUACCAGGCAAGAAGCUGAAUGAGGAUUGUUUAGCGAGUGUGCAAUGCGAAGCGAGUAAUUCUUUACUGAAGUGCAACAAAAAUAUAUGCAGCUGCCCUUCACCCAACUUCCUCAACCUCAAAGACAUCUGCGUUCAAAGAAGCGGAUAUGGCAGGAGUGCGUUAAUAUUGACUUCGAUCUUUCUGCUUCUAGCCUUCUCAGCAGCUGGUAUUAUUCUUUGCGUACUCAACACGACGAGCACCGGAAAAUGUCAAAUCACGACGUCGGAGUCACGUCUUCUAGAAAAUUCCGCCGAAUCUGAGAGCCGGUUUCCAAGGCACCGCCUCCGCCACCCGCUAUACCCGCCGAAUCCUGCUCAGCAGCGGAUGCUCUUCUCCAGAUGCAAAGCCAAGAGGAAAUCCAUUCCGCACGCAGAUACCAUUGUGUCCGAUAACAUCUUAACAACAUUCUGUUGUAAAUCACCCCCCGAGGCAUGUCAAAGGCGGUUCUUGUCUUGCCACCAGUUCAGACAGCUACCAGGAGGGCGAGGCGAGAAUGUUUCUAGACAGUGCUUCAGCGACGGAUCAGCGAGUAGCAGCAACGACGGCGGUUUCGAGCACACCACAGACAACAGUGGCAAUACUAUUACCGAAGGAUCUUCUAGGUCACCUUUCAAGUUGUCGUCACGAUUGUUCCGGGCUACAGUCAGCCGAUCGAAGACGAGUCCAACAUCGAAAGCUGAACAGGAGGAACGGGAGCGACCAAGACAGCCAACAUAUUCCUUGCCGGUCAUGCACAAUGCUGAAGGUAACCAACCUAAACGGGAAGAUAGCAUGGUGCUAGAAGUAAUCCCUCUUGGAGAUCUCCACUGUAUGUCAGCGUUAUCUGUCGAGCUAUCCCAUUCCCUGUCAGACCUGCCGUCUGUGCACCUGAUUCCUCCCAGAAGCGUUGAUGAAAAAUCGGCUGCACGAAGCGCUUUGGCGGUUGGCGAGAAGUGCGGCACGAUUAAUAUCUCGAGUGCCUCUCCUUCACGUCAAGUAGACGUCGAUGGUGCCUCGAUAAACACAACUCCUGGCAGGGCUUCGACGAUAUCUCGCGCAUCUGAGAACGCCGACCCGGAACUAACUCCACCAGAACGCUUUUCAGACUUCUCAUUGCCAGAACGUACGAAUACGCUUCGACAUCCAGUUUUGGGCCACGCUCUCUACCUAACAAUCCCAGAUGAAGACACUCCGUCACCUCCAGAUCGUCCGGUGUCUGUCUCCAGCAUGGUAUCAAAAUUAAAAAGCCGUUCACCUGACGCACUGAGCAGAGUCUCAAAGGAAGAUACCGAUAAUCCUGCGCAUCAUUGUGCAAUGCUGAAUAAACCAGCAGUGAGCCCUGUGUUGACUUCAAACGCGUGCGAAGGAGGACAUUAUUUGACCGAGUACCCUUCAGCCGAAAUCGCCACAAGGAAGUGCGAGGACCUUAACCGGGCGACCCAGCUGGACCACGAACAUGCGCAAAUGGAAGGCUCGGGCAUAGCGUCGUACGGUUUCAGCAUCGAAACAUCUACGAUGACGCAGAGCCCCAGUUGCAUCGAAUAUGGCGACCCUCAGCCCGAGGCACGGCUCGUCGAUUUGCCUGGAGCAGCGUUGACGGUACCGAUCUACGAGAGAACUCGCGGUCGUCUAUCGGUUUCUCGUUCAAGCUGUGGCGGAGACCGGCAGGACGAGAUUCGGCGACAGAUAUCGGCGUACCUUCAGAGAGACCUGGCCGAUGCCUUGUUGUAUGCUGACAUGUGUCCUGCUGGAUAUCCGGACCCGAGCCCUCGAGUAGGGGUGCUUAGCAUUGGCCUGGUGAGUGAGCGUGCCCUACCGCAAAUGUCUUUCCAAUUGUAUGAAGACAGACUAUGGUCGAGCCUCAACACACUCUUCAGGAGCGUAUCCGAAACGUCGGAUACUGUUUGGCUGUCGUACACGGCGAACAACAGUGUACCCAAGGAAGACGAUUGUUUAGACAUGCAGUCCUCGCAUGAGUGAGGUCCCAGAAAUAUAUUAAAUAGGCCCGUUCGAACACGAG